CGGAGUAAGAUGGCGGCGGUGACCGCUCUGAGGAGCAGCUGGCGAGCGGCGGGGCGCCUGUGGCAUUACUAAUUCACUACCUGCAUUGGUUACCAAAUGCUAAAAACACAUGGAAAGCAUUAUGAAACUUCACAUUUAGAAAUAGUUCAGAGAUUUGAUGUGCGCCUUGUGAUCAUCUUCACAGGUGUGCUGUUUUCUGGCUCCUCUAAGAAGAUAAUUUCUAAAUUUUACAGUUUUGAGCUACUUGAGGUCUGCAUUCAUCGUGUUAGAUCGUGCAGCAGCAUUCGAUUUAUAAAAUCAAAAUAUGUGUGCGUGUUUGACAAAUCUGCCCUCAAGUUUAGUCAUCAACAGCGAUUAUUCAGAACAUCUGCUGUUUCAUGUGGCCAAAUUGUCCAGUUUAAGCUUUCUGACAUUGGAGAAGGGAUUACAGAGGUGACCGUAAAAGAAUGGUAUAUAAAAGAAGGUGAUAGCGUGUCUCAGUUUGAUAGCAUCUGCGAAGUACAAAGCGAUAAAGCUUCCGUUACUAUUACAAGUCGUUACGAUGGCAUCAUUAGAAAACUCCAUUACAAUUUAGAUGACAUUGCUUUUGUUGGAAAACCACUAGUGGACAUUGAAAUCGAUAUUUCAAAAGGUGUUGCCCCAGAAGAAGAUGUUGUUGAAACACCUCCGAUGUCCCAUGAAGAGCACACUCACCAAGAGAUAAAAGGUCACAAAACAUUAGCAACCCCGGCAGUUCGUCGUCUGGCCAUGGAGAACAAUAUUAAAUUGAGUGAAGUUGUUGGAACAGGGAAAGAUAACAGAAUCCUUAAAGAAGAUAUACUCAAUUACUUGGCCAAACAAACAGGAGCUAUUUUACCUCCAUCACCGAAGGCUGAAAUUAUCCCACCUUUGCCAAAAUCAGAGACUGUGCCAGCUGCUCCAAAGGACAAAGCACGCAAAACGCCUGUGCCUGUUUCCAGGCCCAUUGUGUUUUCAGGAAAAGAUAAAACUGAACCUAUAACAGGUUUUCACAAGGCAAUGGUGAAGACUAUGAGCGCAGCCCUGAAGAUACCUCACUUCGGUUAUUGUGAUGAGAUUGAUUUGACUCAGCUUGUUGAGUUGCGAGAAGAGCUGAAACCUGUAGCACAAAUCCGUGGAGUUAAGCUUUCCUUUAUGCCUUUCUUCAUAAAGGCAGCCUCUCUGGGGUUACUGCAGUAUCCCAUUCUUAACGCUUCCUUGGAUGAAAGCUGUCAAAAUGUCACAUACAAGGCUUCGCACAACAUUGGAGUUGCUAUGGACACAGAGCAAGGUUUAAUUGUCCCAAAUGUGAAAAAUGUUCAAGUCUGUAGCAUCUUUGAGAUUGCUUCUGAAUUAAAUCGCCUGCAGUCCUUGGGCGCUGCAGGCCAACUGGGAACAAAUGACCUCACUGGGGGAACGUUCACCCUUUCAAAUAUUGGCACAAUUGGUGGCACUUACACCAAACCAGUGAUACUACCUCCUGAAGUAGCUAUUGGAGCACUUGGAAAGAUACAAGUUCUUCCUCGGUUUAAUGGAAAAGGUGAAGUAUUUAAAGCACAGAUAAUGAAUGUGAGUUGGUCAGCUGAUCACCGCAUCAUUGAUGGAGCUACAAUGGCCCGGUUUUCAAACUUGUGGAAAUCUUACUUGGAGAACCCUGCUUCGAUGCUGCUAGACCUUAAAUAAAGGAAACCACGGCUAGAAUAUGCCUUUAAACUUUGUGUAUUAGACUGAAUAAUUACAAAAGCUGGCUCUGCUAGCACGUGCCCUUUGCUACUCACAUUAUAUAAUAAUUCUAUGUGGUUAAAAGCUCUCAACAGCUGAUACCAGUUAUCAAUUGUUACUUCUUUUAAUUAGUAGUGCUGUAACUUCCUCUACAGCAGACUGUCAAACUUAAUAGGUCAUGGCGUGGCUUCAGAAUACGGUGAUGGAAUGUCUUUAUUUUGCCUUUUCUACUACAUACGGUUGGGAGGCUGGCGUGACUGAAUGACACUGAUAUACAUCUGCAGUAUUUAUAAGCUGAUGAACCUGUUUUGAAGGGAAAUACUCACAGUUCUUCCUUGUUGGACACAUAAAUUUAUUUUAACAAAUAAUAUCCAAAUUCUCAAAAGAAGUUAUACAAGAAUCAUAUACAAAUAAAAUGCCUUUUAUGCUUCUGCUGUAA